UAACAAAGUUUCGUGCAAUGAGAUGAUUCAUAUUAGAUUGUAUAACAAAUUAUGCUCAAUAAUUGUCGAUUCCGCAAAUAUAACUAUGCUGAAUGGACGAUGGAGGAUGCAUGUCGCUCAGCAUUUUAUAUGCGACUACUAACUCCUCGUUUCAUAAAACAAUAGAAAAGUCGUCCAUUUCUUCGGCUUGUUACGGCUAAUGAUUGAUAAGAAGGUGACCGAUCAAUGCAUGGAACGAAUAACGCCAAACGGGAAGCAGUUGGCCUGGCUAGCUUGCACGAUCAAUUAAUAAUUGCUAUAGCGAGAGGGCCGGGAAGUAAUGUAAUUAUUGUAUAAUGAUAAUUACUGUAAAUCUCAAGUAUAGUGGACGUGAAUGUGACAAACAAAAACAAAGGUUUUUAGGGCUAGGCGGGUCGAUGUAUAAGCAACCUUACAUUUCACACCAAUGCGGCUAAGGUCUUUCAUUUCAGCACUUCUCUUCUUCCCAAAAAGCACAUGCCUGAAAAGUACGGACACACUCGCCAGCUCAAUCUCUCCUGUCCUGAUCUCCUCCUCCUCCUCCUCCCCACCAUGUGGGUUUGUAGCAUUAUCGUCGUCACGGCCGAUCUGCAGGCUGUCUAACUCGCAAGUUGAUGUCGAUGUUUGACCUAUUUUUGUUUCUUUGUCGAACUGCACUACAUAGAACCGUAUAUUGAACUUAACAAUUCGCUCGCAAGUUGAUGUGCAUAUUUGACCUACAAUAAUUAUUAUUAUUGGAUCAGCUGCGUAAUGGCAGGUUGUUGUGGAGUCCAGAGAUGCAACAGAAAGAACAUAAGAAGAGAAGGAGAAGAAGGAUCAGAAGAAAAAAAGUGUUGAUUCAAAUCUUCAACGAUUUCCCUCCCGUACCAUCCAAUUCUUUCCAUCGUUUUGAAUGGGUUGAGGACUGAGGGAUAACUUGAAGAAAGUAGGAACAGUGACUUUGCUUUGCCACAGUAACGAGCAGUCUGAUAUAUCAACCAAAAAGGCCCAUUCCUUAUGGGCCACUCUCUGUUUUGGGUUGCGACAAAAUAAUGGCGGGCCGAUGUGACGUGUGCAUGCAUGCCAGCUUUAUCCGCUGAAGCCCAAAACACCCCACUCGGUCCAAUCACAGCACUAGGAGAGUACAGCGGUAGUAAAAACUAAAAAUAAAAAAUCCAUGGCGCGCACUAAUAUUUUUUUGUUUUGUUUGUGAGCGUUCCAUUCAUUUCAAAGUCAGCAAUGGUGCGCGCCAUGGACACAGAAAUAUUUUUCUGCUAUAUAAUUAUCCUUAAUUAAUUUCACGGCUCGAAUAAUUUCGAUAUCAAGUUCAAAGCAAACGACACACGUACAAUGGCAGAGAGAGCUGUGUGCAUGAAUUUACCCGCGCAAGCUUACACGUAUAUCAUCCUCCUUACUUACGCAUCACUGCAAAACGACAAUCUACUCUGUGAAACGGUAUGGGCCGCAGCAGUCCAGAAAAAAAAAAAAAGAAUACCAAACAAACAAACUCUCCGAACAGCAAGGAAAAUUACAAAAACCCACCCGGACGAAAUAAAAUAAACAAAAGUACAAAACCCAUCCGGGUUAAAAUCCGUUGGGUUUGAAAAACUCAAACCCAACCCAACCCACUGGGUAUCCGCGGGUUCAUGGGUACCCGUGGGUUUUUGUGGUAAAAAUUUACAAUAACAAGUUUCUUUUAAAAUAAAAGUUUAACAUCAAUUUUCUCAUAUAAAUUAAUCAUACAAAAAACGCCAAACUAGAGCAUACAAGCGAACCGCAAAUGAUCAAUACAAAUUGUUCAAGAUU